AUGUCCCCGUGCUAUGAAGGUGAGCUCGACUGGGAGCUGAGUCAAACAGAGUGGAACAAAUUUCAGGAAACUUUAAAGGAGUUGGAGCAAAGAGUUGAACAAAUACAACAAGUGCUCCAAAAGUUGAACGAAAUCUCAGAAAGGAAGGAAGAGCAAUUUUCUCAUCAGAAUUUAGUCCUACCAAUGGAGGUGAAGGAGGUAAAGGAAAAACCAGAGGUGGAGAUGCAACCACCACCAUAUCAGAAACUACCUCCUUAUGUUCCACCUUUGCCAUUCCCACUCAGGGGAGUGACGAAACACACUUCCUCAAGUGGCGUUAAAAACUCUGCCAAGCAGAAAGUUGUGCAACAAGAUUUUAGUAACCCACUUGAUGAGGAGUUGUGUUUAGAGGGACUGUUUCCUGAAGAAGAAGUAUCAAUGUCAUCCCAAUUCAAUUGGCUACAUCGUAGCAUGGUAGCAGAAAACCAUAGUCAUGCUCAGCCUCAUGAAGUAGAAUGCAUUCAUAGUGAGGAAUUUGCCACCUGGUUUGGCAAUAAUGUUGAGUCUUUGGAUUUUCCAGAAAAGGAAAAGAUUUUUGAAGGAUUGAAAUUGCUUGCCAGAGGCCCAGAAGAUGUCGGCCGUACUUUUGAAAAAUUUGUAGUAAACGGCUUUAGAGGACAUUAUGACAUGCAAACUGUUGCAGAUGUUGAAAGUUACUUACAGAGCAAUAUCUGUGAUCCUGUGGUUGAUGAUGAGAAUACAGAUGUGAUAUUGACUCGUGAAGAUGUUGAAGGAGAUGAAAUGUUCUUACCUACGGAUUUGUUUGCCAAUAUAAAACAAAAGAAAGAAAAAAGAGUUGACUUGUGCCAAUGGAUCAGUAUUGUUGAAUAUUGGAAUAAAGAGAAAACAAAGGAAAGAAGUGAGAUGAAUAGAAAAGCGAGGAUGGAGAAAGAGUUGGAUCAUUGCACUGGCCGGACACCGUUUGCACAAAAAGAACAUGAAUUGCAAGAGCAGAACGAGGGAUGUAAGCCAAAUCCUGUUCAGAUGUUUGAUGCGAGCCAUAAUUCUCGGAAGGGAUCUAAAUCAAUUGUUGUCGUUGAUUAUUUGGUUAUGGGGCCUGACAAACCUGGCCGAGUUAGAAUGUUUGGUCAAGGUGUUACUCCAUCAGAUGUGUGGGGGGAGGUUCCUAAGCGAAAAACGUAUAGGCGCAUAAUUCUUGAACAACGAGCAAAGUUAAUAAAUAUCACUGGUAGACUUGAAGAGUUAGAGGGAAAAGCUUCAGAAUCAAGGAGUCAUGCUUUACAAGAUGAAUCUCAACAUAAUUCACCAUCAAGUCCAAUUCCAUCUCUUCCGUCUUUUCAGGUUGAUCAAUAUGUUUAUCUCAAAACCUUUGCCGAUCCAUUAAAGCCAGUUGCAAAAGGACGUAUUGAGAGUUUAGAUCCAAGUGCAGAAGUCGGCGGACUUCCAAUAGGAGUUAAUUGGUGUCAAGUUUAUAUUGAAGUGAUUAUUGUUCCUGAUGCACCAUUGAUUCGAGGUUAUAAUCAUUACGUAAGUGUUCAAGAUGCACACGGUGAUUUGGUUACUUGGCCACUCUAUUUGAGCAUGAGAAUUGCUAAUAAGCAGUUAGGUCACUCAAAUGUAAUUUUUGAGUCUGACUCACUGGUAGCUGUGGAAGGGAUCCGGAGCAUGGUUGCAGAAGCUCGGGAGAAUACAUGGCUAAACGAGAUCCAAGAGAUCCUUGUCUCAGAAAAGGAAUCCAUGAUAGAACAUACCUUCCGAGACAAUAAUUUUUGCCCGAUUCGUUAG